GCUUCUGUAAGUUGCUUCUAACAAACAAACAAAAAAAGCUUGACAUGUCCUUACUCAUUCAUUUCAAAGGCAGUGGUCAUGUCUUCAGUUAAUCACCCAGAAGACAUUCAACAUAUUUAUGAUAUUGUGUCAGAUAAUGUGAAUAAGAUACCAAAUAAAACACGAGAAGAGAAAAACAGACUGGUUUCUAAAAUCAUACUAAGGCUGAGAGAAGGCGUUUUCAAGAGUCACGUUAUUGUUGGAUUCCCCAAGACCAUUAAUGCUCUUCAAACAUUAUCCAAGGUUACUCCUGAAGAGAUAAAAGUCUUAUUACCAAACAAACCAUUAAGAAAAGAAGAGACUUGGUCGGAUGUCCAGAAUGAGAGACAGAGAGGAAAAGCAUUAUUUGAUAAAAUCUAUGAUAAACACACAGACAAGGUGUACAAUAACAUGUAUAAUGCUUAUCCAGAUCUAGCACAAACAGCCCUCCAUCACUUGUAUGGUCCAACGCUUGCUGAAUCAUCCGUACUGAAUGCAAAAGAGACAAGCUUGGUUGUUGUAUCAAGUCUGAUGGUUCAAAAUGUGCCCUUACAACUAAAAGGCCAUCUUUAUGGUGCAUCGCAUAAUGGAGCUACACAAGCAGAGAUUGAUGGUGUCAAAGACUUGGUUUCUAAGCUAGCAGAUUAUUAUAAAGUGCAUGUUUCUAGAUUAUAA